AUGGCGCGAGCCUGGGAGGCUCCCGAGGCGUCGCACGCGGCGCGGCGCAACAGAGGUUUCGGAUGGCCGCCGGCCACGCGGACGCAAGUAGCCGCCAUGUCGGAAGUGGGAAAGCCUCAGGACCACUUGGCUCACUGGGCAAGGGUCGACAUGUUUGACGCAGCGGGUCUGGCCGUUUGGAAGUCAUGUUUGGAGCUUCUGCUCCCUGUCAGGAAGAAGGGGAAACGAGAACCCCGGUCAGCCGUAGCACGAGUGCGUGCUUCGAGUUGCCGCGGCUGUGAAGCAGCUAAAGAAAGACUGGAUCACCCGAUGGGCCAGGGGGCUGCCCCGUGCCGUCGUCUUGUCAUCAUCAGGGUGCUGAAGAACCCAACAGUUGAGGAUAAGGAGGAAGCAGGCACCAAUCCCAUGUACCCGUACCUGCUCGUGUGCCUCGCCGCCGCCGGCCGCAGCGGUUCCUGUACACGCUCACACGCUCACACUCUUACAAUUGGCAACCUCACGCUCCCAUUGUUCCUGCACCUGGACGAAUACUUGACCUUGUACCUGCACCAGCCGGCGUUGUUCCCUCCGCGCCCCUACCCUGGACUUCCGCCAAUGGCCGGCCGCCCUCACAGAUUUCAGGACUUCUCGCGUAGCCUCGCGUCGCGGCCCUCGAAGUCCUUCCCCGCGCCUGAUGCCUUGGGCCCGGUCUCUGUUCCGGCCCUCACAUGCACAUGCUCGCCCUCAGGCUUGCUUGCUUCCAGGCCAGGGCCAAAUUUGCUGCGCGACAAAGCGGGGAGCUCAGAGGAGCGCGAUCCAAUCGAGGCCCGGGCCAAUGCCUCAGUCAGUGCUAGUUCCCGCCCGUAG